UCUCUUUCAUUUCAUGAUUGGGGUACAUGCCAAAUGUUCGUCCAUCUAUGUGAAUAACAUAUGCGGUACGCCAGGUGUUUUAUAUGACUGCCAGCAUCAGGAAUUUACUUAUGUACAACAAAUCAAUGUUUCAGGAGUAAUUGCAAUAGAUCUGUCAAACAACAAUAUCGCAAAUCUUACCAAUUCGGAUUUCGAAGGGAUGGGUGCUUUAAAAGCAAUAUAUCUCACAAGAAACAAACUGCGGCAUAUUGAAAAGAACGCAUUUCAACAUUGCUCUCAGCUGUGUAUAUUAGAUUUAAGCUCGAAUGGGAUAACAAAAGAUUCAAUAGAGGAAGGUGCAUUCCGGAAUCUGACAGCACUUGAAGAUUUGAGAAUGACCGACAACCCUUUUUCUAAAGGAGGAUACCCGGAUGAAGAAAUAGGAAGGCUAACGUCAUUAAGAAAUUUGUCAUUAGAUGCACAUGAUCACUUAAACUUUUCUUCAGAAUUCCAAAACUUGAAAAGGUUACAGUAUCUGGAGAUUUCACCAUCAGACUAUUUUUGGUUUGACCAUUAUUCAUUUAUGAAUUUGGAAAAUCUAAGUAUUGAAUAUUUGAACCUCCAAUUCAGCGCUAACGGUGCCUGUAACCAUCAUAUUGAAGAUAUAUUCUGGCCUUUUUCUUCUUUGAAAGGGUUGACUUUUCAAACAUAUUGCGGUUUACGUUAUGUUCUGAAAUCUUUGAAAAGAUUGCAAUUUUAUCAAAUGGAAUACAUCGACUUUACAGGAUCAAGUAACUUCAAUGGUGAACCUGUUCUCCUCAACGACGAUGACGUAGCAUUUCUCAAAAACAUUUGUGUUAAGUUCUUUUCUCUACAGGAUACAAGUACUGUGGGAAUACCAACAUUAAACCCAUCUAUAUUUGUGAAAUGUAUUGAAGAAAUUAAUGUUUCACAUAAUUCAAUAUACACUUACUCGACGUUCUUCUUGUUCGCGCAAGCAAGACGAAUAAGACUCGUUAAUUUCAGUCAUUUGAAUGAAUGUCGAUUACCAAGUCCAAGACGAAACUUCUUAGAGACCAGAGAAAUGCUACAAAAACGGCUUCUUCCUAUUAACCUCACUCUCUCAAAAACGCUGGAGGAAAUAGAUGUUUCUUACACCUUUGCAAGACCAUAUUUACUUGAAAUUCAAUUAAAAGUAUUUGCCAUAAAUCUUAAAAAGAUAAACUUCCAAUAUAUAGGUCUUCCUUUGUGUUCUUACUACAAUAUAGAGUUAUACUUACCGAGUCUAAGAAUCAUUGAUGUUUCAGGUUCGUCUUGCGAAAAUUUAAAUUUACUUUUUUCGAAGAAUUUCCUCUCUUUAACAGAAGUUUAUAUGCGAAAUACCAUAUUAAAUAUCGGUCUAGCCAGUGAUGUGAAUGGUAUUUUCUUUCGUGGAUUGUCGAAAUUAACGAUGGUUGAUUUUUCAGAAAACGCCUUGAAAGAGUUACCUCCAAAUUUAUUUCUCAGCCAGGCGUCUUCAAUGAGGUGUCUGAUACUCAGCGAUAAUUUAUUUACCACAAUACCACGUGCCUUACAUCUUAUACCUAGGCUUAAACUCCUUGACCUGCGAUCCAACAAACUCUCUUAUUUUUCAAAGGAAUCUAUAUCAAUUAUUAAUAAUUUACCCAAUAUUACGAUAGAUGUCAGAAACAAUCCAUUUGACUGUUCUUGCAACGCUUUAAUUUCCUUGAAAUGGAUCAGAGACAAUGCAAGAAAGUUUCAUCAUUUGAACAGGACCCAUUGUAACGAGUUGGAGGACCCACGGAUAACUGUUCAUGAGAUCAGAGAAAAUCUUCGCAUUUCCUUCCAGGAUAAAGACUUUGAACCUGGUAGUACCUUUGCAGAAGAGGUUGUGAAGUUCAUAAAUAUAAGUAAAUGCGUUAUAUUUGUUAUCACACACACUUUUCUGAAAUAUGACUGGGGAACAUAUGAAAUCCAGGUCGCAAAGAUCCAUGCAAUUCAUAAAAAUGCCCGGAUUUUAUUAAUCAUUAAAAAUGAUAUCGGAGUUGAGGAUCUUCCUCGAGAUCUCCUCUACGUUUGGUGGAAAAUUAAACCAAUCAGAUUGCCCGACAGUAACAACGCGGCAAAGAGGGAAAAGUUCUGGAGGAAGCUUAUUAAGUCAAUCAAGGAAUCUUAAAGCUUGUUUUAUUGUUUGAAGGAUAGUAAAGAAAUAACAGCAAUAGAACCAUAUAUCAGGCGAUUAAUUCUUGAACUUCAAUGGCUGGUUUGCAUCAAAUUCAUUUUAAUUAUUUUUACGUGACAGGUGAUAGUGACUGGUCAACAGGGGAUCCUUGCUCUUCCAAGGCACCUGAUUCCACAUCCGGAAUUUCCAAGGGCCAAGUUUAUGCACUCUUUACAG